UGCCAGGUUUGAGGGUAACUUCGCGUGGUACAAGCCGCUGACAGUGUGCGAACGUUCCUCCCUCUCGCUCACCUUUGAAAGCCGCGACAAAAAUGGUGUCCUGCUGUACACUGGGCCGACAGUUCCUUCUCCUUGGCCGGAUUAUCCCAGAGACUUCCUGUACGUUAUCCUGCGAGAGUGGGUGGUGGAGACCUUCCUGGACCUGGGGACGGGAACCAUGAAUAUCUCCAUCCCUAUCGAGCCGAACCCCUUCAGACACUUCCAGUACAUCGUAACGUGGGGCGAGGGGCGCGUCACGGCAGAGGUGAUCAACUGUGGCAUGAACACCACCACGGAUGGCUAUGAAUCGUGCAGAAAAAUUGUCCCUUUGGCGAGAUUGCCCAGUAGCAGCAGCAGCAGUAGUAGUAGUAGUAUCAUCAGCAGCAGCAGCAGUAAUGCUGUUCCCAGCCACCUGCUUAACGCCCAGGGACCUCUACAGGUGGGCGGCGUCGCAUCCAUGGUCAGCUUCCUCCAAUUGGCGGAUUCGUAUGGCUGGACCCUCACGCCACCCAGCACUUCCCCCUUCGCCGGCUGCCUGCUGGAGCUGCGCCACAACGACCGGCUCUACGACCUCAACGCCACAGACUUCACCAAGCAUCCCAUUCACCCGUGUGACGCCCCCAGGACCUCCCGAGUGGUGUUUGGGCGACACUCUAUCAUCAUCAUCCUCGCCAGCCUCCUCAGCCUGCUGUUGCUGGUGGUGGUGAUCCUGUGCCUGGCGCGCCGCGGGAGAAAGUCACUGUCCUACCCCGACCUGGACCGCGAGCUAGUCAAGGAGACGAUGGGUGGCACUGACCUGGAAGGGUUUGGCGAGAAGGACGUGACUCACUUCGACCUUAAGUUCCUGCAGGUGACCCCGGACGGCUACCUGGUGGGAGACGAGAAUGAGGGUCCGCUGCCAGACGUGACCCAGGACGCCUGUCACAGUAGCAGCAGCACCAACGGCCCCCCGACCCAACUGCCUGAGGGCGUCACUAUCGGAGACUUCAUCAAGGAGAACAUUGUGAAGGUGGACCAGCAGCACCAGGAGGUGGAAGACGUGCGUCACUACUGCGUGGAGGGGGACGAGAUGUCGGCCGCCUCUUUGUCCUCCCUUACUUCCGGUUCCUCACGGGGCGACAUGAUUUUCGACUACCGGAUGGACUGGGGUCAGAAGUUCGAAAAGCUUGCACAGAUCUACUGCGCAGGAACUGAGGCGGACGAGGGCAGUGAGGACGACUCCCCCAACGCCCUAAACAAGCCGUCCAGAAGCCCACCCUUCCUGCCUCUUGAGUCAUCUAGCGAAUUGAGCAGAAAUGGGGUGCGGCCCUCUCCUCCUUCACCUGCUCCCUCUUCCCCAUCAUCUUCGGUGGCCGCCGGGAGUAGGUCUUCGUACAUGACUAAAUCUCACAAGAGGCCGCAGCCACCCGUCCUUGUCACCAAGAGCACAGCUAGUGGGCCUCCGACUUAUGUGCCGCAAAGUAAAUUAAGUGGUAGUGCCCAGGUAGACACCUCCUCACAUUCUUCUUCACACAAGCUAAACCAACAGAAAAUCGAUCCUCAGUCAGUAUCAAAUAAGCAUAAGUUAAAAGCGCCUCCCUCGUCCCUCCCCUGCACACAGCAAGUGAACGCACAAACUCUCACAAAAAGUAAACGCAAGGCCGACCCUUCCGUUACCACCAUCAAUAACCUGUACACCAACCCCGCUCAGCGCUCCACCGUGACCACGAAGGGAUCGGACGCCUCCUGUGACAAGCCCGAGAAAACUUCAAAGGAACCCGUCGUGAAUGGACACUUAAUUAGCAGCCCAGGACCCCGCCAGUGUGGAGAAAAGGCCACGCCACAUUUAAGUAAAUCGGGCACGAAAAAAUGUGACAACCAAAAGGCCGCCACGACGGCAAAAUCGGCGAAAGGUGUAGAAACUUGGUGUUGAUGAUUGGAAAGGUUAGAGCAGAGAAAAUUAGUGAACUCAAAAUGGUGAUGAGCCUUGCCCUACCUUUUGCUCAAUUGAAGCUUAUUAUAGACAUUGUGUUCUCUGAAUGAGUAAAGUGCGGACUGAAUCAGCAGAUGUAUAUGUGAGCUCCGAACUCAAGGGGCUAAUGACCGAUGAAUGCAUUUGUCCUGUUUUUUCAUUUCUUUUCUUUCUUUUUUUUUCCCAUCAUUAAAAGUGUACUCCAUCGCUGA